GAUUUUUCCGCAUCUGUUCCAAUCUUUAAUCACUUUCUUCAAAAAUGACUGGACGCGGCAAAGGAGGAAAGGGUCUCGGCAAGGGUGGUGCCAAGCGCCACCGUAAGAUCUUGCGUGACAACAUCCAGGGUAUCACCAAGCCCGCUAUCCGCCGUCUCGCUCGCCGUGGUGGUGUCAAACGUAUUUCCGCUAUGAUCUACGAGGAAACCCGUGGUGUUCUGAAAUCCUUCCUUGAAUCUGUCAUUCGUGAUGCUGUCACCUACACCGAACACGCCAAGCGCAAGACUGUCACCUCGCUCGAUGUCGUGUACGCCCUCAAGCGCCAGGGCCGUACCCUCUAUGGUUUCGGUGGUUAAGCGCUUGCUUUCUUACCAAUAUCUCGUCACAUCGUCGCCCAUACCCUUUCUUUUCUCACCUGUCUAGCAAGUGAACUGCACGAAAACUAAGCUUUAUUCUCUUUUGUUGGCCUCUACGCGCUGGUGGUCAGAAUAAACUUGAGAAUGAGUGUCUUGAUGGAUUGGUGGAUGGGACAAUCGCAGUGACGAGAAUUGGAAUCUUCUUUCGGCCUUCUUUUGCUUGGGAUUUGUCGUUUUUUGCAAUGGGUCACGGGGUUUCAGGAAAUGGUCGGGCUUGGUCGUUAAUCUUGAUGUAUCGCAGUUUGUUUUUAAAUCACAGUCCAAGGAUGGACUCGGAUGUCACAU